AUGAACACGACCGCGCAAGACACAGUUACGCCUGGUCCGACUGCGACCGCGCCGCCGGAGACGAUUCCGAGCAAAAAGGCGCCCAAGAAACGCGUUCGAAACUUUACCGCCGACGACCGAGCUGCGCAUCGGAUCUUCGAGAAGGGCCGUCGCGAAGCCUUCAAAGAGCGAUUGAUUCUCUAG